AUGUCAUCUACUGUUCAACCGCCAGAUAACCCGACCUUUCAAUUACCACCAUUAAACUUUCCCAUUUCUCCUGUACCGAAGAAGAAUACACUUAACGAGGGACGGCAUAUAAAGACUGCCGCAGCGCUCAUCAUUGGGGAUGAAAUUCUGAAUGGAAAGACGCUCGACCGGAACUCCAAUUACUUUGCGCGGUUCUGUUUUGAGCAUGGUAUUCAAUUGAAACGCAUAGAGGUGAUAGCGGAUGAUGAAGCUGAAAUUAUCGAGGCCAGCCGGAGAAUGGUGCAACUGUAUGAUUUUGUAGUGACGUCGGGAGGUAUCGGGCCCACCCACGACGACAUAACGUAUGCAUCUUUGGCCAAGUCUUUUGACCAGGGCCUCGUAUAUCACGACGAAACGCUCGCUCGGAUGGAGGAGGCUGGCAAACAUCGGGCUUGGAUAUCAAAGCAGAGUGAGGAACAGCGAACGGCGCGCAAGCGUAUGGCACUGUUCCCUGAUGCGGCCGAGGUAAUAUUCGUUGGAAGCGACAUAUGGGUGCCUGUCGUUCGACUGCAAGGGAAACUUUGCAUAUUUCCAGGAAUACCCAGUCUCUUCCAAAAGAUGCUAGAUAACCUGAAACCAUUCCUUCCUCUCCCGCCUGAAGAGGAGCGACCUUUCCGGCUCCAAGUGUUCACGGCAUUGCCCGAGUCGUCCAUCGCCCCGUUCCUUACCGACCUUCAAAAGCGAGUACAACCUGAGGGUAUUCGGAUAGGCUCGUAUCCAGUCCUGCAGAAAGGUGUGUAUGUGUCGCUCAUAGGUGCGGAUCGUGGCCGUGUACGUCAGCUUGGCGUAGAGGUUGAGAAAGAAGUGGAGGGGCGCGUUGUCAGUGAGGCGGAGGCGGAAGCCAAGCGUCAAUUGGGCUGCAAAUGA